AUGCGACAUCAAAUGUUAUCCCUCCCCUCGAUCCCACCCUUGGCAUACGACUUAGUCGAAAGAUCCGUUUUAUCCGGCGGCUUUCCCUCUCCUGCUUACCUCUCUGCAACCCAUGACGAAAGGAUUGCUUCCCAGCACGCUUUUACCUCCUAUCUCUCCAGACCCCCCGUAGAGCUUGUACCGAAUGCGAGCAGUGUAGAUGUUAACCGGACGAGUGUGGCCUUUUUCUUCGAGCGCAUGACGGCAAUGCAAGUUGCGUUGCGCGGCGAGGAGGAUCCGGUGAAGGUGGAGGAUUUUGGGAUUUGGUGUAAGCAAGAUUGGCAUGGAACGGGGGAAGGAGCGGGCAGAGUAGUUGUUAGGUUUCCGAACAAGAGAUGUGGUGGUAAUUUAGGGUGGCUAUGUUUGAUGCUAGUCCUAGAUGGCGACGAGGGGAAGGACGGGGUGAGGGUGAAAUUGGAUAACCUUUUCAGAGUGGAAGAGUGGGAUGAGGCUAGAGAAGGGUUGCAUGAGUGGACGGAGGGGUGUAUGCGGGCGAGGGGGAAGGGGACGGGAAAGGGCAAGCAGAGGGCUAUUUCGACAGAUCCAGAGCAAGAGCAGGAAGGAGAGGAAGGGGAGGAGGGGGGAGCAGAGUACAUUAUUGAUGCGAAUGAUUUUUGGGCCGGUUUCUCGGACGAAGAUGAAGCAGAAGCAGAUGAGGAGGAUAAGAUAGGGACUGUUGCUGGAUCCAACGGUGUGGUUAUCCGAAACUCAACCACAACCAUCCUAGACCCCGCAACACGGACGGAGCAAGAAAAAGCAAUACAAGACAUCAUCCGAGGAGCAUUCACCCUCUAUCGCCGCCACAAUACCACUGCCGAUGCAAAAGAUUCAUUUGUCGAUCUUGUACUUGGCACCAUCUCAUGA